ACAUCCGGGUCCCUCAGGUUCUUGUUUGGCGACCCGUCGCCAUUAAAGCAAGCUCGUUGUAGCGGAUAUCUUUUUUGGUAAUAAUCUUUAAAUUGUUACGUUUUCCAGCUUUUGGAAAAUAUUUAACGCCUUUUUAAGGGCAUUUUGUUUUUCUUAACAAGUACAAACCUUAAAUUCGGGGGGUCUUGGCCCCGUGUGGCGAGCUUUCGUCCUCUCUUCCAACAGCCUCCAUAACUUGAGACGCCGAAAUCGUGUCUCUUAUUUUUUCUCUGGUUAUUUAUUGUCAAGAUGUCACCGUGAUGGGGUCUCCGCGUUUGACAGAAAUGAACCAGGGCCUUUGUCGCCUGACCCGCACUCACUGCAGCCCGCCUUCCCCUUUCGUUUUUUUGUUUGAUGCUAGAGAGCUCAGCGGCUCUCUACCCGGAGCUCGGCCCCAGAACCGUUCACCGUACGGAAACAAACAUGGAGAAAAACCCCAACAGCAGCUCCAACACCAAGGUUCCACCCCGUUCCAGCUCCACAGGGCCAACACCGGGAGAUUCUAAACCUAAAACAGAAGGAAAAAAUAAUGGAGGCUCUAAGCGCUACAGCCGCAAGCGUGAGCCCUCCUGUCCCAAAACCGACAGUUUCCAAGGCACUCGUCACACCAAUUCACAGAAAAGCAAGGCUUUUGACAAGAGACCCCCUCAGAGAGGUGGAGGACGACAGUAUGGAGUUACAGGUGGAGGUCGACGUGAGGAGGUAGCAGAGACACGCCGGGCCGAGUUUAGCCCGGCUCAGUUUGCAGGACCGAAAAAAAUAAGCCUCAACCACCUGUUAAACUUCUCGUUUGAACCGCGUGGAGGUAACGGUGGUUUCGGAGAUGGAGGCCCCUCUGGUUGGGGCCGCCGAAACAAAUGGGGCCACAAGCACAAGCCCUUCAACAAGGAACUUUUUCUGCAGGCCAAUUGCCAGUUUGUGGUGACUGAUGACCAGGACUACAAGGCUCACUUCACUGAUCCAGACACUCUGGUCAACUGGGACUGUGUGCAACAAGUGCGCAUCUAUAGUCAUGAGGUGCCGUCUUGCCCCAUCUGCCUCUACCCUCCCCUGUCAGCCCGCAUCACCCGGUGUGGACACAUCUUCUGCUGGCCGUGCAUGCUCCACUACCUGUCUCUUAGUGACAAGAGCUGGUCCAAGUGCCCUAUCUGCUAUGAGGCGGUUCAAACCGCUGACCUGAAGAGUGUGGUUGCUAUGGAGACCCGGCAGUAUGUGGCUGGUGACGUAAUCACCAUGCGCUUGAUGCGGAGGGAAAAGGGGGCUCUGGUGGCCAUGCCUAGCUCUCAUUGGGUGAAGGUGGAAGAGCCUGUUCGCUUUGGAGAUGCAAGUCUUAGCCCGUACUCCAAGCUGCUGCUGACCUCCCCGAUGCAGGUUGUGAGCCUGGUGGCAGAGGAAAAGGCUGUCCUGGAGACUCAGCUCAGCCAGGAAGGGGACGCCCAAGGCUGCUUCAUCCAGAGCGCCCUCUGUCUCUUGCAGGAGCAAGAGGAAAUGCUGAAGCAGCAGAAGGCACAUGUAGGCAACAGCCUCGACCUGUCCUCUCUGACUCUGGAAGAAGCUUCUCCUAUGGAGGAAGUGGUUACUAUAUGUAGCAGCACCAAGCCUGUGCUACAGUACAGCUCCGCAUUUGAUGACGAGGUGGCGGAGGUCCCAGAGGACGUGGCUGCGGAGCUGCCAGAAAACCCUGAAAGUAUUUUGGAGAGUGUGCUGGAGGAGCCUCCAGAGACUAUGAUGGAUGCAGCCCCAGACCUGCCUGAUGAGGAGAGCCCUGCCAGUCAGGCAGAGUCGGGCCGCCCUUCAACCAGCGUGGUGCACGGACCCUUCUACUACUUCUACCAAGCUGAUGACUGCCAGCAGAUGUUCCUGCAUCCUGUGAAUGUACGCUGUCUGUUGCGUGAAUACGGCAGUCUGGAGGCCAGUCCUGACUCCAUCACUGCCACAGUGGUUGAGAUAGUGGGACACACAGUCACUGAGGAGAUCCGUCGUCGGCAUCGCUAUCUUGCUCAUCUGCCACUCACUUGCGAGUUCAGCAUCUGUGAGUUAGCCCUGCAGCCACCGGUCCUGUCCAAAGAAACUCUGGAAACAUUUGCAGAUGACUUGGAGAAGAGAAAGCGUCUGAGGCAGAAGAAAGUAAGGGAUGAGAAGCGCAGAGAGAAGCGAAUUGAAAUUGAAGAGAACAAGAAGCAGGGUAAAUAUCCUGAGGUGCAUAUUGGAUUGGAGAACCUUCAGCAUUUCCCAGCAUUUGGGUCUCCUCCUCAGAGCAGCAGCCUCCCAGUGCAGCCCGACUUCACAUUUGCUCCCUCUUCACCUCUCAGCUGCAGUCCGUCCUCUGCUGGGAUGAUAUUCCCAAGUCUGAAUGGGCAAAGCUCUUCAACCAUUGUGGGUAGUGUGGAGGAUGACUCCCAUUGUAUGUCCUUUGCACAGAUGCUAAGAGAUGGGAAGGCCAGAGCUGAUGCUGGGUCCAGGAUCACUCCAAAGAAAGAUCAGCUGCUAGCUCCCCCAGCAGCUGACAGCGAUGGAGAGAGUGACGGCUCGGACCGCAUCCCUGUGCCCAGCUUCCAGAACUCCUUCAGCCAGGCCUUUGAGAAAGCACUUCUGCAGCUGGACAAUGGUGCAGCUGCUGCUCCUCCACAACCUGUGGUUGACCCAGAUGAGAAAGGAGGAAAGAAGAAGAAGAAAAAGCAAAAACUUCUGUUCAGCACAUCCAUGGUCCACACAAAGUAGACAACACUGAAGUUCAUUUAUUCAUAUUAACUUUCUUUGAGUUGAUCUUCCCACUGCUUGCAUUUUUCCUUCCAUGCUGAUCUUUCUCAGAUCUACAAGCUAUGGAAAACAGGUUUUAGAAUGUAGCCGUAGUUCAUGCUGCUGUAGUCAGAGUUCUAUGGGCUUGAUCCGUUUUAGUUUGACAUGCCCUCCAUUUAAUUUACAUUAACCAUUUUUUGUUGUAAAACUAGGUCAAAGCUUUGCAGCCACCUCCUGAAGUCACACUGAAAGCCAACUUGGUAACAUUUUUAUCGAGAAGUAAAGCAAGGGAUAUAACGAGCUGUGGACUCUCAUUAUGUAAGCUUUAGGCUUUUCAUGGCUUCCAGAAACCGGACUUGUAUCACGGGAGUUUGCUGUACGACCAACUUUCCUAAAGUUGAACCUGAGCAUCUAGGAUCUAUGAGAAAUACUGAUAAGAUAACUCUGGGUGCUUUAUAUUAGAGUUGCAGUCAGCCAGCUGCAGGUGAGUUGCACCUUGUAAAUCUUUCCAAGAUACUCAGUGCUCAGACAUUGAUGUGUGGUUUCAGCUUAGAAUAGAUGGAAACUAAUGCAUUUCAGUGUUUCAUCACAUUUGGGCUAGUUUGAGCUUGUUCAACCUUCAAGAGAAUAGAUUUUUUUCGGAUUGAGAUGAAUGCCACCGUAUUUUGUAACAACAUGAAUGCAUAUUAUACCAUUGUGGGGAAAUGAAAACAGUAUUGUACUAAAGAGAUUAGGUCUGUUGGUUCAACAGAACUCCAGUAUAUUCUGCCUGAUUAAACAAAGAAACACGCACUUUUCUUCUCCUCUCUCCUGUCAUCUUCUGUAUCUACCUUUUUGAAAGGUUUACUAACUUUUAACAUUACUCCCCCAGAUUAAAUUCAGUGUUGAAAAUGUGUGAAAUGAGAGAAUUGCUGACAUUUAAAGAAUGCUUUGCUUUGAAACCUGAAGAGAAGUGGAUUGGAAAUUUGUUUUGUUUAAGGGUUCUUUAAUACACCUUUAAUGUUGAGCAAGUUAAGUCUGGAAAUGAAUAAACGAUGCACAAUCAA